AUGUCUCCUUCUUCUGAUGUUACUGCAACUCCCACUCCUACACAGGGAUCUUCAUCCACAACAAUAGGCAAUGGGAAUACCAUUGAUUCCACCCAUCCCUUCUUUCUCCAUGCAUCUGAUGCACCAGGGAUGAUAUUUGUCAACACAUCAUUUGAUGGUAGAGGUUAUGCUGGAUGGAGCAGGUCUAUCUUGAUUUCACUUUCUGCCAAGAACAAGUUGGGAUUUAUUGAUGGCUCUUGCCCCAUGCCACUCCCAACAGAUCCUACUUUUCAGUCCUGGAGCAGAUGUAACCAUUGUGUCCUUUAUUCAAAAACAACCAAGGAUCUAUGGCUGGAUCUGGAGCACAGGUUUGGACAACCCAAUGGAGCCAAAUUAUAUCACCUGCAAAAGGAGUUAGCUGAUUUAGUCCAAGGAUCAGCAGAUAUUGCUAGUUAUUUUACCAAAAUGAAACGAUUGUGGGAUGAGUUGGACACUCUUAACACUGAUAUGUACUGCUCUUGUAAUUGUGAGUGUGGUGGUAAGAAGAAAAUGCAACAGUUUAAGGAAGAUGAAAGGCUCAUUCAAUUUCUCAUGGGAUUGAAUGAGACCUAUGGACAGGCUAGAAGCAACAUUCUUAUGUUCAAACCAUUACCCUCAGUCAAUCAAGCAUAUUCUCUUCUCAUGCAAGAUGAGAAUCAGAGGGAAAUUCAUGUCAACUCUCAUUUCCCAACAGAUGGUUCUUCUUUCCUAGUGAGAAAUCAAGCUUCUCAGAACCAUCAGACCCCUAAUGGUCCUCAAUUCUACACUCAACAGAAGACUGGAAACAAUUCCUAUAAAGGGAACACUGCAUAUAAAGGGAAAAAGAAUGCACAGAUCAAGAAGAUGCAACAUAAUGCAAAAGGAAAUUCAGCUACUACAAUAGAGGAUACAGGAGAAGUUUGCAACAAAAUGGCAGAAGGACCUCAAUUUGCUCAGAAACUUUCAUCAGAUCAGUUCAAUCAACUGGUCAAUCUUCUGAAUCAAAUGCAAACAGGGCAGGGAGGCACCCAGGAGGUUAAUGCAAAUUCUGUUGCUGCAAAAACAGAAUCUGAUGUAAUGUUAUGGCAUGUAAGAUUGGGGCAUUUGCUUUUCAAUGCAAUGAAACACAUCAAUUCUAUCUCAUUUCUUCCUACUCAUAUUUGUGAUUGUGAUGUUUGUCCUCAAGCAAGACAGUCUAGAUCACCAUUUCCAAUUAGCCACAUCAAAACUAACCAAGCUUUUGAUCUGAUUCACAUUGACACAUGGGGACCUUAUAGGACACCUACUCAUAAUGGAUACAAAUAUUUUUUAACAAUAGUGGAUGAUUUCAGUAGAGCAACAUGGACUUAUCUGUUAAGCACAAAGAGCAAUGUCUUUUCUGUUUUAAAAUAUUUUUUAAGCAUGGUGGAAAGACAAUUCAAUGCUAAAGUGAAGAUCAUCAGAUCAGAUAAUGAUUUAGAAUUAGGAAAAGCAACUGCUGCAUCUCUAUUUUUGGAGUCUCAAGGCAUUCUGCAUCAAACUUCAUGUGUGGGUACUCCACAACAAAAUGGCAUUGUAGAGAGGAAACAUAGACAUUUGUUGGAAGUGGCCAGGGCUUUACUGUUUCAAUCCAAGGUACCUAUAUCCUAUUGGGGAGAAUGCAUAUUGACAGCUACAUUUUUAAUCAACAGAUUUCCAUCUAAGGUUCUUAAGGGUAAAACCCCCUAUGCAUUAUUGUUUGGCCAAUCACCCUCCUAUUCCUUCUUAAGAAGUUUUGGUUGCUUAUGCUAUGCCUCUACUUUGUCACAUCAUAGAGGUAAAUUUGCACCUAGGGCAAAGGCAUGUGUUUUCAUGGGGUAUCCUGUUGGACAAAAAGGGUACAAACUAUUGAAUUUGACUACCAAGAAGCUAUCCAUCACUAUCUACACCCACACUCCCACCCCACCUAACCGUCCUCCUACAUACACAGAUUCACCUGCUAUUUCCCCUGCUCAACUACCUGCCUCCCUUAAUUCCCCUGCUCCUUCUCCUAUUUCUUCUUCUCCCUCUAUUCCCCUCAGGAGAUCCAACAGAGAUAAUCUAGGCACCCUACCAGGUUAUCUAAAGGACUAUAUUUGCAAUCACAUCUAUUUCACUGAUCUUACCAAAUCCUGUUUUUCUACUCCUUGUUCACCAACUCCGUUCUCCUUUUCUGCUCUUUCCAUUUCUAACCAGCAUCUCAUUCAUUCUCUCUCUACCAUUUCAGAACCAACCUCUUACAAUCAGGCUUGUUCCAAUCCAGGUUGGGUCUAA